AUAAAAAAAAAGAGGGUGGUAGUAAAGUACAAAUUCAAUGUUGUCAGAUUCUCAACUCUCUUCUGUAAAGAAAAGAGUAAAAGAGGUACAAAAACAAAACAAAAACCACCCCAAAGAUAUGAACUGAUCUUCUUUUCCAAUCUGUUCCCAACAACCCAUGUUCUUCUUUAUAUAAUUUUUUUCAAAUUUAAAAGCAACCCCAUUUCAUCAUCAUCAUCAUAAUCAUCAUUAUCAUCUUCAUCUCCUCAGUUGGUGUUCUCUUUUUUCCUCAGCUAAGCAAGAAAUUUCCACCCUUUUUGUUCAUUUUAUCUUUUUCCUCUAGAUCUGUGACCUAUCCUGGUCUCUGGAAGUGAAGAGAAGCUACUUUUAGAAGAAGUUACAGGUGGGCUUUUCAUAGCCCUUCUUGCUUGGUUCUAAAUCGGUGAGAAGUCAGAAUAACAGAUUGGUUGUCAUGAAAAUAGCUUAGAAAACCUAUUCUGAUGUGAUUGGAUUGGUCCCAAACUUGAAAAAGAAAAAAAAAAAAUAGUUCUUGUCAAAUCAUUUGGGGAAUGGAAGUAGUUUUGUGAGCAAAGAGUUGGGAUUUUUUGGGUUUGUUGUUUGUAUUAUUGGGUCUUUUGAGUUUUGGGUAAUCUUUGUUUUCAUUGAAAUACUAGAAGAAUAUUGGGUGAUAUGGGGAAGAAGGUACAAGGCAGUGUAUUGGGUCUGCUUCUUUUAGUUGUUUUCUUUGUGUUUGUGGAAAUUGGAGAAGCUCAAUCAAACUCCUUUUUCAUUAACUGUGGAGCUAAUUCCAGUGUUGAAGUGGAGGGUAGGAAAUGGGUUGGUGAUUUAGCUCCUAAUAACAAUCUCACUCUCAGCUCUCAUGGAGUUGCUGAAUCAACUCCAUCAUCAAGUAACAAGUUGGAGUUGGCUUCAGUGUAUAACACUGCCCGGGUAUUCACUGAUGGUAUGAACUACACAUUUCCAAUAAUUCAGGGUUACUGUGUGGUAAGGCUUCAUUUUUGUCCUUUCCCAUUUAAGAAUUUCAAUGUAAAUGAUUCUUCAUUUAGUGUUGUGGCAAAUGGUCUGAAACUGGUUUCAGAAUUCAGUGUUUCUGGUGAGCUUUCACACAAGAACAUGGUGUUGCAAAGUUCUGGAGGCAACACUACUUUUUCUCUGGUUAAAGAGUAUAUUUUGGAUGUUAAUCCUAGUGUUCUUGUUAUUGAAUUUAUCCCAACUAAAGGGUCAUUUGGAUUUGUUAAUGGUAUAGAGGUUAUCCCAGUUGUUGAUAAUUUCUUUCCAGGGUCUGUUGGUAAAGUGGGUGGAAAUGCAGUGAAUCUGAAUUUGAAUGGGCGAGGGGUUGAGAUUAUGUAUAGGUUGAAUGUUGGGGGGGAUGAGAUUAAACCUUCUGAGAACUCAGAUCUUUGGAGGACAUGGGAAGUUGAUUCUAGCUAUAUGAUCACAGCCAAUGCAGGGUCUGAAAUUCAUAAUAGUUCCAAUAUUACCUAUGCUUCCAUGAAUGAUUCUUCAGUGGCUCCUCUUCUUGUUUAUGAAAGUGCUAGAUCUAUGUCCAACAAUGAAGUCUUGGAGAAAAGGUUCAACAUGUCAUGGAAAUUUGAAGUGCAUCCUGAUUUCGAUUACUUAGUUCGGUUACAUUUCUGUGAGCUAGUUUAUGCUCAGGCAAAAGAAAGAACCUUUAGAAUCUACAUCAACAACAGAACUGCAGCUGAUAAUUUCGAUGUUUUCUCUCGAGCAGGAGGGAAGAACAAGGCAUACCAUCAGGACUUUGUUGACACGGUGUCCUCGAAAUUUGACACACUGUGGAUUCAGUUAGGGCCUGAUUCGUCUGCUGCUGCUGCAGUAACCGAUGCUCUCUUAAAUGGGCUAGAAAUUUUCAAGCUGAGUCGAAAUGGGAAUCUUGCUUAUGUGGAGAGAUAUGAUUCAGCUGGGAAAUCUUCAGGAAAAUCGAAAAGUUUUAUCCUUUGGGUAGGAAUUGGAGCAGGUUUGGCUUCUGUUGUUAUCUUGGCUGCUGUAGUUGUUUUCGUACUAUGCUUCUGCAGAGGCCGGGGAGGAGCCAAAUCGAGUGACACCAAACACAAUGCUUCUGUUUGGCGGCCUUUAUUUCUUCAUGGAUCCAUUGGGAACAGCACAGGAAAUGCCAAGGGAGGAAUUCAGAAUCCUUAUGGAUCUAUGGCUACUAUUAGAGGUGGGAAGCGGUUUACAUUAGCCGAGAUUCGUGCUGCAACAAAUAACUUUGAUGAAACAUUGAUGAUUGGAGUUGGUGGCUUUGGUAAGGUGUACAAAGGGGAGAUUGAAGAUGCCACCCUUGCAGCAAUCAAACGGGCUAAUCCGCAAUCAAACCAAGGCCUUAGAGAGUUUGAAACUGAGAUUGAGAUGCUUUCCAAGCUCAGGCAUAGGCAUCUGGUCUCCAUGAUUGGCUAUUGUGAAGAACAGCGCGAAAUGAUCUUGGUUUACGAGUACAUGGCAAAUGGGACACUUAGAAGUCAUCUAUUCGGGAGUGAUCUCCCUCCCAUAACCUGGAAACAGAGAAUAGAAGCAUGCAUUGGUGCUGCAAGAGGACUCCAUUACCUUCAUACUGGAGCUGAGCAAGGAAUAAUCCACAGAGAUGUUAAGACAACUAACAUACUGUUAGAUGAAAACUUUGUAGCAAAAAUGUCAGAUUUUGGACUGUCUAAAAAUGGCCCUUCUUUGGAUCACACUCAUGUCAGCACUGCAGUAAAAGGAAGCUUUGGUUAUCUAGAUCCUGAAUAUUUCCGACGCCAGCAGCUAACUGAGAAAUCCGAUGUUUACUCUUUCGGGGUGGUGUUGUUUGAAGUUGUCUGUGCUAGAGCUGUUAUAAACCCAACAUUGCCCAAAGAUCAAAUAAAUCUUGCAGAAUGGGCAAUGAGAUGGCAAAGACAGAAGUCCCUCGAAACCAUCAUCGACCCUCGUCUCAAAGGAAGCUAUUGUCCUGAAUCAUUGAAGAAGUUUGGGGAGAUAGCAGAGAAAUGUCUGGCCGACGAAGGGAAGACUCGGCCAACAAUGGGGGAAGUUCUAUGGCAUCUCGAGUAUGUAUUGCAACUCCACGAAGCUUGGAUGCGUAACAAUGCAUCCGAUAAUUCCUUCUCGCGUAGUCAGGCAUUGGGGCCAGAUGAAGGAGCAGCAGCUGCAGCAGAGGAGAAGCAAGAAGGACCCGGUUUCGAUGGAGAUGCCAGCUCCAUAGAAAAGUCUACAACAUCAAGGGGAAUUGAUGAUAUGGAAGCUGCAACUCAGCUCUCAUAGCAGAUUUGCAUCAAAAACCAAUGAGGACUUAGAGAUUGAAAUCUUAUGACUUGUCUUACAAAUUCUUUUAAAUUUGUUAAAUUAAAUUCAGUCAAAAUGUUAGUUUUCUGUUGUAUUAUCUUAUAUAGCUUCACAAGCUUGAUUCUUUUUAUUACAUCUUGAUUUAUUCAUUUUUUUAAAAUUUCAAAAUAGAAUUCUUCCUAUAUUUCUGAAGAUUUUGUUUGGUAGUUGGAAGGUUAUUAAGUGAAAAAAUUGUUGGAUUUCAUUUUC